AGAGGGAGGACAAGCCAGUGACAACAGGUGGGUGACGACAUGAACGCUCUCCGCUGGACCAGUUGCUCACAACGCGAGUCAUUACUGCCAUCGCCUGACAUCAUAAGGCUGCUACCAGCUGAACAUUAGCAGGGAGAAAGGAGAGACAGUGUUGAAGGAUGUGCUGCAGGGUUGGCAAAGUCUGCUUCUGCAUCGAUCUCCGCAAGGGCGUGGCAACGAUUUCCUGGGUCUGGCUGCUUGGGGACGCCAUCUUGCUGAUCGUGACGUCGAUCCUGACGAGACAAGCUUGGGAAGCAAUGAUACGCAACAGCUGGAGGAACGAAACAGAAAGAGAGGAGAGAGAUAAGAAAGCCAUCAUCUUAGCAGCUUGGUUCUGGUUGGCGGCGGUGGGCAUUGCGCUGUCAGGCUUGGGUGUUCUCCUCGACUUCAUGCUGGUGAAAGGAGCCACAGACGUUAAGUCUCCGCCGCGGAAACGGCGCAACUUGCUUCAAGGCUGGAUGGCGGCCUACGGCGUGGUGUACGCGCUUGGGGUGGUGACCGCCGCCUUGAGCGUCCCCGUCUUGUUCCUCCUCCGCGCUACCCCACACCACGCCUUCGCCACGGCCGCCGGCAUCCUACUGCACGCAGGGCUGAUGGUGUACUUCUGGCUGAUGGUGCACAGCUACAGCCAGGAGCUGGCCUGUGGAGCUCGCCCCGCGGCAGGGAACGGCUACUGCACGGUGCCUGCAGGGGUCGCCACCCCUACCCAGGGGACCUACUGCGACGCGGAUGGCAUGGCUCUGACGCCGACGGCACCACCAUGCUACACCAGCGUCGCAUAAGGAUCACCGUGUCAGCCGUGUAAGGGGACCACGUCUCCAGGCAGCUUCAGCUGAUCGCAGCCUUGAACGGACCUCAUCGCUGAACUUUCACCGUGACAGUCGCUGGAGGCUCGGCCUGGACCGCUUGACGAUGCAGUGUUGUCAUCAUCCACGAAAAGACUGUCAAACAUAUCGCCUUAAACGCAUUUUCACAGUGGGUGUAGUAGUAUCAUGAAAUGUCUUGAAGACGCUCUACACUUGUUUGAUCUUUCUAAAACGAGUAUUCUACAUUACUUUGAAGGUACAGGUCCAGAAAUGCACAUAGUAAGUAUGGUUCAAAUGGCUCUGAGCACUAUGGGACUCAACAUCUUAGGUCAUAAGUCAUAGUAAGUAUGUAUCAAUCCAAUGUCGGCAUAAUGAGACACAAACAUCAAGGACCUUCACGAUAGUAAUAGCGUGGUUGAAAUUUAAUCAUGUCCGCCCCCCCCCCCCGGUAGCUGAGUGGUUAACCGGCACGGUAGCUCAGCGUGUUCGGUCAGAGGGUUUAGCUAUCCUCUGUAAUUAAAAAAAAAAAA